AUGUUUUUACAUACACUAGGAAUCAAUGAAUGGAUGGCCAGGAAUUGGUUUCUCGCUUCUGAAAACGAAAUGCACAUCACAGAGGAAUUGGCAAAAACUCCAAAUCGUUCUAGAAUUACCAGAGAUUCAAAUCAAUGUGAAAAAAGUUCGGAUCACGAGUAUUCAACUAGCAAUAUAAAUCUAGAAGAUGGCACUCAAACCGAAGAACAAAUUAUUACCCAAGAAGAAACUUCGACUAAUAAGACAAAUCCAGAAGUACAGCAAACACUAAAAAAUAAAAACAAUAUACCAAAAAGAAAAUGUACCAAGAGAACGGCAGAAGAGUCGGAAGAUGUGCAAGAAGAUGUAUUGAGAAAGCGUUGGGAACAUUUGAAAGACCAAUACCGGAAGGAACUCAAGAAGCAACCACUUCGCAGAUCUGGAUCAGAGGGGAACGUGUGGGAAUCUUCAUGGCAAUAUUAUGAUUUAAUGACGUUCAUGAAAGAUGAAGUAAUGCCUGCACCAUCUACCGGAAAUUUAUCUUCUGUUAACCAAACAAACGACGACAGCCAAAAAUUAGAAGAUAUAGGAAAUGCCGAGGAAGAUACAGAGAUGCGAAAUGAAUCGGAUAAUUCGGAAUCUGAAGUCAGUGAACCGGUGAUAUCUCCACCACCUCGGCCUUCACCCACACCCUCUCCAUGUUCUUCUCGACAAUCGUCAAAUUCGUCAAGAAAACGUUUGAAUGAGCAUACUUCCCUCAAUGGAGAGACUGACGGAAUUGCAAACAUUUCAGUUCCGUGGCAAAGUUAA